CGAUGCAGACGGUCCCUUGCCCCGACUGUUCCCCCCUCCCCCACUAGCUGAGCUCCUGUUUCACUCAAAGAUGGCGUCAGCUUUGGAGCCUCUGGUAUCUGGCUGCAUUUUUGGGCUUGUUGUUGUCUCUGAUUCGAAGGAUUUUUGGCACAUUAUCCACAGCAACUCGACACGAAAUUCAGGCUACAUUAGUUGCUGAAGUAGCGUGAAGGUGAUCCGUCUACGCUGCUCUCUGGGGUGAGAUAUCUGUUCCAGUCCAGACGUGAAAAGAGGGAUACUUCUGGAAUAGGAGGAGACCUGAGGGGAGAGGAGGAGGAGGAGGAAGGAGGAGAACGCACGCCUGGAGGUUUCCCCCCCCCCACGUCGCCCUUCAGUUUGCUUCGAUAACCCACAGAAAAACCGUUUCCCUCCAUAAUCAGCGCCGAACGACUUGCUUUCUGACACGACCAUGGUCGGCUCCGAUUCAACUCGCUGAGAGCUUUAUGUUUUCCGCAGAUAACAGACCGACCCAACGAGUUUGUUUGUCCAUUUUUUGCAACGGUUGAGGGAGACACUCGGGUGUUUGCCGGCGAGGAUCCCCUGCGGUGGGACGGAGAAGUUCUGCGCUCAGGGUUUAGGCCGACCCGCGACUCCGCCCUUCGCUGCGCUCCCUCGGGCCGCGUCACCCUGCCAGGAGAAGGGUAGCGGGUCGGGCCAGGUUUCACCGGGCGGGGGGGGGGUUGACAGGGGGGGUUUAUGCUAUGGUGAUCUGCUCCUUACCGUGCUGCUCGUGCUCAGGCUCCGAGGGACUCCCCACGCGGCCCCGUGACAAAGGCUAGUCCCCCGGCGCAGGGUCGGAGGAGGAGAACGAGAGGGGGAGGAGGAGGAGGCAGCGCGUCAGAGCGCGGGCCCGGGACCCUUCCUUUUUCCUCUUCCGUACGCCCCCCCCCCCCCCCCCCCCCCCGGAAGGGGCGUCGGCGUUUCGCACAGGGGCGUCCCAGUCGCGGGUUGGGCCCCCGCGGGCCCCCCCCCCACGCCGGCCGGUCGCCAUGGUGAAGCUAGCCAACCCCACGUACACCACCUGGCUCCUGGAGGCCAUCAAGAAGGUGAAGAAGCAGAAGCAGCGGCCGUCGGAGGAGCGCAUCUGCAACGCCGUGUCCAUGUCCCACGGGCUGGACCGCAAGACGGUGCUGGAGCAGCUGGAGCUCAGCGUCAAGGAUGGCACCAUCCUCAAGGUCUCCAACAAGGGCCUCAACUCCUACAAGGACCCCGAGAACCCCGGCCGCCUGGCCUUCCCCAAGCCCCGCCACCACGGCAAGAAGCCGGGCCUGGACUGGAACAAGCUCAUCAAGCGUUCCCUGGAGGGGCUCCACGAGACGGGCGGCUCCACCCUGAAGAGCGUGGAGCGCUUCCUCAAAUGCCAGGCGGACGUGGCCGCCUACCUGUCGGGCAGCGGCUCCAUGGGGCCGGGCCUGUUCCACCAGCAGCUGCGGGUGGCCCUGAAGAGGGCCGUGGCCCACGGGCGGGUGACCAAGCAGGGCCCGCUGUACCGCAUCGUCAGCCGCAGCUCCACGUCCCACGACGGCACGGGCACCGUGGCGCUCGCGAGCCUGCCGCCCGUACGCCUGCUGCCCCACGAGAAGGACAGGCCCGUGGCAGAGCCCAUCCCUAUCUGCAGCUUCUGUCUGGGUACUAAGGAGCAGAACCGCGACAAGAAGCCAGAGGAGCUGAUCUCCUGCGCAGACUGUGGCAACAGUGGCCACCCGUCAUGUCUCAAGUUCUCCCCAGAGCUCACGGUGCGAGUCAAGGCUCUGUGGUGGCAGUGCAUCGAAUGUAAGACCUGCAGUAACUGUCAGGAUCAAGGCAAAAAUGCGGAGAACAUGUUGUUUUGCGAUUCCUGUGACCGGGGCUUCCACAUGGAAUGUUGUGACCCCCCUCUGAUGCGGAUGCCAAAAGGCAUGUGGAUCUGCCAGAUCUGCCAGCAGAAAAAGGGCAGGAAGCUCUUACACGAGAAAGCAGCACAAAUCAAGCGACGCUACAACGCGCCGCUGGGACGCCCCAAGAACAGACGGCGUCGUCUGAUCAGUCCUACCGGGGCGGCCGUUCAAGAAGCUGCGCGGGCCGGGCGGGCGAGGCCGGCGGCGGCGCGGGGCCGGCGGCUCAGACCGGCGCUCGCAGGCUCCUCGUCCCCACCACUCGUCCUCCAGCUCCUCUGCGAGGGUUACCCCGGCGACGACCGGCUGCUGUUCUCGCUGCGCGAGGACGACGCGGAGAGCGGCAGCCUGCGCUUCAACAAGAAGACCAAGGGCCUCAUUGACGCCCUCACCAAGUUCUUCACGCCGUCCCCCGAAGGCCGCAAGGCGCGGCAGGAG